CGGUUAGUCGGUCUCGAUCCUUCGUACCGGUCACAGUUGUCAAAACGCUCCGCGCCGAAUCGUUUUAUUCCUGUGUGUAUUAACCUUAUUUAAAUUCUUCAGUGAAAACCACAGUGUGCUUGAACUACGCAAAAGUAUAAGUGUAUACUGUUUCUUUUUUAAGUGAAUUUUAUAUUCAAAGUGUGUAGGUAGCUGGGAUUUACACAUAGCGUCUUCAAUUUCAUUUGGAAUCAGAUGUCCACGUGGCAGGGAAAUUAACGUAGGCUGCAAUGUUGCUGUGGUCGCUAUGAACGAGAGCCGGUGCUACGCCGAUUCGCCCGUGCUCGCUGAACAUCAGCCAUUCAACCGGAAUGGGAAGGCAGUCAGGGGAUCGAAGAAGAGCGUGCUAUUUUAUACCACCGAUUACGGGGAUGAGAAAGAAGAUUUAGGACUGAAACUUCAACAACGAUCAGUUUCUUUGACUGCUUUGCACACCGGGGCUGGUUCUCAACCACAGUUACUGGAACCAAGAAUGGCGCAAUUAGAAACAUUAGAAGCGAAGAUGGCCAGUAUAGAAGUUUCUUUAUCUACAACGCCACGACGAAAAAAGGGUGGCAGCAUUUCCGGUGGAGUUACCUCGCCAGCUGGUCAUCGAAACAGAGAUCAUUAUAAGGAAUUAGAUGCACUUCGAGUUGCAUUGCGUGACAAGGAAAAUAUCAUCCAAACAUUAAAAGGGCAGCUAUGCAAUACUCUGAGUAACCGAUUAGCGUUACGCAAUGGUGCACCACCCUUGACAGAGGCUGACAGGAAGGCAACCGAGGAACGACUUCAAAGGUUACGACGUGACGCGGAUAAUAAACGAUUAGCAAUAAAAAACUUGAAACUUGCGCUGGAACGACUGAACAUUACUGAUAAUAUUGAUGUUCGAAUACAGCAAGCCGAGUUGGAAUACAGACUCGGACGAGAAGAACUCGAACUUUUGACCCUCCGCGAGGAGAGCAGAGCCCUUCAAGCUGCUCUAGAAUUGGCGGAGACUCAGGAGAAACAAAAGAAUGACACAAUAUUUAGUUGUAUUUCUGGUUCUACACAAGUUACCAUUCACGCUGUGGAAGUUAGCGCAGAUCCGAAAAGUCCUCGUUUUGGGGCUGGACCGAGGGAAGACACCCCAGGAUUGUACGUCGACUGGGCAGUCGAAGAUUCCGGUCUAUGCAAAGGAGACAGGAUCUUGGAGGUGAAUGGAAAGUUAGUGGUGGGAGCUGGAAGGAGCGACUUGGCGAGGCUGUUGGCCGUUGCACCCGACGCGGCACAAAUCGUGGUCCUUCGAAAAGGCGAAUCCCUCGCAGCGUUGCGGACACUGCGAUCAGAUAACCUCAGGUUGACUCACAGGAUCGGGUAUCUCGAGGAACAGGUUAGGGAUCUCCUGGCACCGAGUAGGGCCGAGGUACCCGCGGAUCCUCCGCCGACUCGCCAGGAACAAGUCCAGGUUUUUCAGAAAGGACCGCAAGUAACAGCACUGGUCGCGAAUCUACCAGGACUCAACGUAAGAAACUCGAUGGAGCUGCGGCAAUGUUUACCGACAGUAAGAAACAGACACAGUGAUCAUUCAAAGCGUACGAUGGACAAAAGUCCUAAGGAACUUGACUUCUCCUCGGACAGCAUCUCCAAUGGCUAUCAGAAAUCCAGGAAUAAACAGAAACACCAAGGAUUUCAGUUAACCAGAUCGACAGCGAGUUUAGAUUGCAAGCAAACGCAGAUUCAAUCGCAAUUGCGUAGAAAACCACCGAGGGUUGAAUCAGCUAUGGAACAAUUGUCGAAAAAUAGAAAAACCGGAUCUCAGUUACAGUCUUUGGAUUUUGAUUCUGAGCCCACUUAUUAUCGCUUGCAGGAUUCUCAAUCAAGAGCAUCAGAGAAUUCAGACGCAUCGAUGAUGUAUAAUUCUCAGGACACAAAAUCAAGACCAGCACCGCCGAAGAAACCGCUUCGACUGUCUCUCCAUCGUGCAGCAAGUCUGCAGUCGGUAGAAAGUGCACCACCAACUUCCGUCCACGAUGUGACCAAAAAACCAACGAAGAGAAAUCACAAAGGGGAUCCACCCGAGAAAAGUCCAAGAGCUGAUAAAAAUGGAGAAACAAAUGGUCAGACACAGGAUUCGCAGUCUAAUCCACCUCAGCCUCCGCCGAGAACACCUUCCAGGGCGGAAUCUUGUCAGAGUGCAUUACGCUGGCCCUCCCCUAAACCGAGACCACAUUUAGCAUCCGUCCCCAUGGAAAAAUGGUGUUAGUAUUUUCGCUGCCGUAUAAUUCCAGUCAGCGAUUGCGAAUGUGUUGACGUAAUCCUGAGGGAUAAACUGAGUGCUUGCAUAUUUAUAUUUUUACUAGUAUUAUAGCGUCGUUGAGCUGAAGCUGUUGAAGAUCUCCGUUAAGAUGGUAUGUUUGUAAAUAUAUAACACAAUAUUUUGAUACUUGGUAUUUAAAGAA